AUGGGACAGCACCCUAAGGGUGCAGUCCCAUUAAGCACGGAUCGGAAUGACGGAACGGAUUCUGCUAGAGACUUCUAUGAUGAAGAAACAGAAGGAGGCACUUGGGAACACAAAUUGAUCUCUGAAAUGAAGGCGACACAAAUGUGGGCUGAAGAAUUAACUGCGCAAGCGGAAGGCAAACACCGUAUUGGUAAUCUACCACUGGAUGAGUUAAAAAAAUUUAUGGAACAAUAUAAUGCUGUAAAACAGGGAAAAGAACCCGAUUUGAGUGAUUAUAAGGAAUAUAAAUUAAAGGAAGAUAAUAUAGGAUUUCAGAUGUUACAAAAGCUUGGAUGGAGCGAAGGACAAGGAUUGGGUAGCGAGAGGAACGUAUUGAAUCAAUUAACAAAGCGACAAAUAGACUCGAUAGUGCAGGUCUACGUUCUGAAAGACCAGAUGGAGUAUCUAGGGAUGACGAUGAAUUUGAUGCAUAUAGAAAAAGAAUUAUGCUUGCUUAUAGAUUUAGACCUAAUCCAUUAGUAAGUAUUAUGAUCGUUACAAUAAAAUAACAAGGAUAUUAAGUAGAAAA